AUGAACUCCCCUCACGACUCGGGGCGCUCAUCCGCAACGAGUACGGCGCAUUCUGUGGGUUCAUUGGGCGAUAGCGGUGGGGCACAAAAAGAUCAUUCUAAUCCGCUCCCUGAGAAGGAAGAUGAGGAGGGCGUAGCAUGGGAUGAAAGGCUCAGGUACUUUGUUGGCGUUGUGAAAAGUGCGUUCGAUGCCAUGAGGUCAGAGCAGCGGCUAUGCAAUGGCUCUGUUUGCUCCAAGCGGUUGCAGGAUCGAAUAGAGUGGGACUACCCAGCUGAAUAUGCCACAUUUGUCAACGGUUUGUUCAACCGUUCGUGGGACCGUUUCCUUGAGGCAAAAACAGAUAUUGUCUGCUAUCCCCACAAUGAAGGCGGUGCGGAGUCCAACACCAAGUGGUUGAUGGCCCAUGGUUCUCUGCGUUGUCGACUGCGGACAGAGGAUAUAAACCGCGUUCGGGAUGCAGAUGAAAUGCUGGGGCGAAUGGUUCGCGACAAGUGCUUGUGGGAUCUGGAGGAUGCCUGUCGCUCUAUCCUUAUGGAGGUGUUUCUCUCCAUGGAUGCCUCUGCCAUUGUGUGUAAGGGGUGCAUGCGACUGAACAAGAGUGAACAGUACCAUCUUGGGAGUUUGGCGGUGUGGGAGCCCAUCCUUGCAAGGUUAUGGGGCCGGCAAACUGUUGGUGGUGCUGUGCGACUUCGUGACAUGGAGCGCCCUUCCCAGCAGCUGGGGUUUCACGUCCGGCUGAGGUGCCGCUGGACGGAGCUUCUAGGGAACAAUCUUCUCGCAAAAUGCAUAUGUGGAUCUGUUCUCCGCGUUUUUCUUAAUGUUGAAAAGCCAGAAAUGCUCCCUGUCGCGGGUGCCGGCGCAAGGCCUGCGAAGGAGGAGUUGGCGGUGAAACUACAUCAGCCGUCUGGCGAAUUGAUUGUGGCUCUAGGCGACACUGGUUUAUGGGGCCGCCGGCCUCCGUCCUCCCAGCCGAAUCCCCCCUUUUUGGCCUGUUGCAGGGGAUACCCGCGUCACACGAGAUAG